UGGCUUACAGAGAAGGUCAUCACACAAAGUCAAGGUUUAGAAUUGGAAUUGCAGUUCCCCACGUUUCACUGUUUAGUGUUUCCCUAUCCAACCGCUAUUCCUCACGUGUCCUUCAACACCACACAAAGAAUCUUAACCACUAAUAUUCUCUUACAAAUCGGAGUUUCAAACGCCUCUCUUUCUCCUUAACCUCAUUUACCCAUUAACUAACUUCAUUUCCUGUCCCAAAAUGGAGUCUGUUGCCUCCAGUUCAACCCCUCCUCCCGAUCAACAAGAUCCCCGUUCCCAGCCCCGCUUCAGACUCACCCAACCCGUCACAGACCGUAUAGGCCGAGCUCUCCGCCAUCAGCUCCGCCUCCUCCACCGAUCUGAUUCUCUCUUUUUCAUCUUGGGUGCCACUGGAAAUGUUUACACCGUUAACUUAUCCUCCGCUCCGUCAUGCACAUGCCCAGAUCGCAUUACCCCAUGCAAACACAUUUUAUUUGUGUUUAUCCGCGUUCUGGGUGUUUCUAUUGAUGACACGUGUCUCCGGAGGAAGACUCUCCGUCCCUGCAAGGUCAACCGUUUACUUGCCACGCCCACAUUGCCGGAAGCAUUGGCGGGGGCUGGCCUUCGCCAUAGAUUUCAUCAGCUGUUCUUUCGAGCAAGGAAUGAAAAUAGUUCAGAAGGAUUAAUUGAAAUAAAAGAUACAAGUACGUGUCCUAUAUGUCUUGAAGAGAUGGGUAAGGAAGAGAGAGUGGUGACUUGUGGGACGUGUAGGAAUUUGAUUCAUGAAGAAUGCUGGAUGAGGUGGAAGAGAAGUAGGGGGAGGCGAUCGGCUAGUUGUGUGAUUUGCCGUUCAAGGUGGAGGGGUAGGAGUGAUCAAGAGCAAUAUCUGAAUUUGGCGCCUUAUUUUAGCGAGGAGGAUGAAAAUGCGGCGGAGACGAGCGGCGGUCUCUGCGGUGGUUAGCAAGUUAGCUGGAUACGCAUGUAAAAAUCAUAUAAAUUUGCCUGAAAGUGUAAGAUCAGAAUAUAGAAUUGUUAAAUUGAAUCACGUUCUUUAAUUCAUUUGUAAAUACAAUCAGUCGCUAGGUUGAUCUUCAUUUAUGUAAUAAAUGGAUUUACCCUGUAGAGAAGAUCAAAAUUGUUAAAUUAUGCGAUGUUCUUUCAUUUGUUUAUAGCUUAAUGUGAAAAAACAAAAAAAUGUUUAGCUACAGGAACAGGUUAACGUUCCUGAUAAUUAGUUAUUUCAGUUCUUUGUUA